ACCUCUGCGUAAGAGAAUAUUGGAUGCUGAGAAGUAGAAAGGAAAGAAGUGAAGGAAUGGAGAGAAGCGGUUCAGAGAUGGAGCUCCCGGGUUUCCGAUUCCAUCCAACUGAAGAGGAGCUCCUCGACUACUACCUCAAGCGGGUGGCCCUUGGAAAGAAGCUCAACUUCGAUAUCAUCGGCACCCUCAACCUCUACCGCCACGACCCUUGGGAACUCCCAGGGUUGGCGAGGAUCGGGGAGAGGGAGUGGUAUUUCUUUGUGCCGAGGGAUAGGAAGAGCGGGAACGGAGGGAGGCCGAACCGGACGACGGAGCGGGGGUUCUGGAAGGCGACCGGAUCGGACCGGCCGAUACGGAGCGCGGCCGAUCCGAGGCGGCUUAUCGGGCUAAAGAAGACCCUGGUCUUCUACGAGGGGCGGGCCCCUCGCGGCACCAGGACCGACUGGGUUAUGAACGAGUAUCGCCUCCCCGACGCUCCUCCUUCCAACAACGCUGCUACUCCCAAGGAGGAUAUAGUACUGUGCAAAAUAUAUAGGAAAGCUACAUCAUUAAAGGAGUUGGAGCAGAGAGCAGCCAUGGGAGAAGACAUGAGAGCACCACAAGCCUGCAUGUCCAUGGUGGAUAAUGCGUCGUCAGAUGAUCAGGAAAAUUAUCAAAGUUCAUCGUUGCCUUUGGACAAUGGAGAUCCAAAGGAGAUGAAAGAAGAGACCCAGAAGGAGGUAGAAGUCACAUCCAUAUCCAUUCGACAAGUGGAUCUCCCACUCCCAGAACUUCAAGUUCCAAAGUAUAGCUUGGACUGGAUGCAGGAUCCUUUCUCCACUCAGUUGCGUAGCCCAUGGCUAGACCAAUGGUUGCCCAACUUCUAAAUAAAAACCGCUCACUGAGUUGUGCACAAAGAAGGACUGCAUCAGCUCAUAGCAUCUGAGUGAGGACUGGCUAAACAUAUAUAUCAUCAUAGAUCAAGAGAGUGGAAUGCGCUGACGUCUGUUUUGAUAUUUCUUUCUUUUACUUUAAGAGAUGGUUAGACUGCUGACAGCUCUUUCUCCUAUUUCUUAGUGAAGAGGAGAAGAGAUGAGAAAAGACUGAGAUUUAUCUUUUUGUUCUUGCGGUUAUUUUGUGAAUAAGGUCCUCGUUAUAAGUGUUUAAAUUUGUAUUUUGGUAAAGGAUUUUAUGAAGUACUGCUUAUAAUUAAGAAAAAA